AUGGAUGGGUUUCCACAACCACUGACCCUGCGGACGAGGGCCAUAGACCGCAGAUUCAUGGACCGUUCAUUUGAAAGGGUACACACACAUAACGACGCAGACAACUCGUUGGAUGUGGCAUCGACUGACGCAGCCGAGGGAGGUGCACCCAGAAGAUUACCUUACCAGCAGCGCUCGCUGGCAAACCACCCGACUUUGCGCCGCAAACCGUCCGAACUGCACCUGCGGUCAAAUGCCAUCGCACGGCUGGGCAUUCCUGAAGCGGAAGCUCGACUGGCACUCGAGGCUUCUCGCGUGCGCGGAGGCCUGCACCGAUCCGUUUCGGAUCUUGAUUUGGCCGAUCGACGGCCGUUCUAUCCUUCUCAGUUCGACAAUGUGCCGUAUGACCCUAAACGCAAUGCGGAUGACCAGAUCAUCAACCAGCUUCUGCUGGACUGGACGCCUCAAUGGACAGGUGCACCACGCGGGAAGGGGCCUCGAGACAUGGGAAUGGGCCAGGAAAUUAUGAGCGAUGACGAAACCGAAGAUUACGAGGGACGAGAGGAUCUGAGCCCGUUCUCUGUGAUCGAAGACGACUACUAUGGCUCCUCCGAACACUCUACCAUCAAGGGUCAUAUUUUGAAGACGCAUAAGGACAGGAAAUCACCGGGAUCAGUGCGACAAGCGGAAGCUCCUGCAGAAGCGCAAUCGAGAACUAGAGUCGAUCAUCAAGAGCAAGUAGACAACGAGCCACGCCUGGCUUGGGGUAAUGAUUCAACCGCCGAGAUCGAAAGGUUGGAAGAACAGCUAGCCACGCUGAAGUUCCAGAGAAACGCGAAGAGGGCCGACAUAGGAUUGCUGUCCAAGGUGCUCAAUGUGAAGACGGAGCGCAGAGCCGGAGAGCGGCCCGCUGGCGAGGCCGCGCAGACGAUCAGGCCCGCAGACCUCACCACAUCCGAGCAAGACGAUGACACAGACCCCUGCUCCGGGCUACAGAUGCCUGCGGUGCAGCGCCGAGUCACCAUGGACGAGGUCGAAGACGAAGCCGAUACCAAGAAGACCACCCACAACCACCCACCGUCCGAGGCGCAGGACAGCGAUGACGAGAUCACCAAGCCCGCGCGCGCGUCGACGUUCCCCACCGCCGUCAAGACCUCGAAAUCAGAGCUGGAGUGGGCGCAACGGGUCCUGCAGGACAGUGCAGCGCUCUCGGAGCCCACUGACCCGGGGAGAGCGGAGAUUGAAUUUGGGUCUCAGUCACGGAGGGAUGUCAGGGCCGCCCGAAGGGAAUCCUCAAAGCGUAGGGAGUCUUCGAAGCGGCCUGGGUCGGACCGUGGGAGGCUUCAGAAAAGGACGGCGGACCAGAAAGUGCAGGAAUGGAGGGAAAGGCAGAAGUCGCGUGUCCGUUCACCUGAGAGACCGGCUGGAUUUGAGGAUGACAAGCAAACGAGGCCAUGA